AUGAGUAAAGCUUUGCAAUACAAUACCAUAUCAAAGGGAGACUAUCUUACUUAAAAGAGCAUCCCCAAUUCAGCUCCUAUGUUAAGACCAUAAUCUGAAAUGGUUAAACAAUCUCAAGUAUCGCCUCCAGUUCAAGCUCCGACAGAUGUCAUAGCAAGUUAACCAAUUUAUAAAGAGAAGUAAGAAAAACCGUAAAAGGAUGCUCCAUUUGAAAGAAGUAUCUUUCCAUAGAGUGAAAUUCCAUAACAAAAUGCACCCAUGAAAAGUGCAAUGAUAAAUACUUAACAGCAAAUUGCAAGUUAAACUAAUAUUCCUCAAUAGCAAUCCAAUGUAUCAAAUUAAAACUAGAUUCAAAUUUUACAAUAGUUAAAAGGGUUACAAUUGGAGAAUUAAGAAUUGAGAGCUUAAUUGAUAAAUCAAACAAGAGAAAUAAUGAAUGCUGGGGCUUUGAAGAGUGAAAAUGCAGCUCUUAGAGAGAGAGCUGAUGAAUUGAAGGUUAUUGCAGAUCAUGUUAAAGAAGCUGAUGCUUAAAAUUAGGCUAUGAAGAAAUAAGUGACUGAAUUAUAAACUUAAUUGAGUUAGCUUAAAGCAUAAAAUGGAGAAUUAUAGAAAGUAGCUGAUGAAGUGGAGUAAGUUAGAAAAGAGAUAGCCACUUAUAAAGCCUUUGAAAUGCAGUAUAAAGAAUUAUUAAGAUAAACUUUAUAAUUAAAAUCAGAUCAUGAUGCUUUAAAUAAACAGUUUAAUAAGUUAUUGAGUGUUCAAGAUGAAAAUAAAAGAGUAAGUUAAUAAUAUGAUUAAUAAGUAACCGAAAAUGAGCAACUUAAAAAACAAUUAGCAUAACAAGAAAAAGACAAUUAAUUAUUGCUUAAUGAUAAUAUUAGUAUGAAAUAAUUACUAGAUUAAUUAAACUUUGAUCAUAGAAGUCUUAGAUCUUAAUUUGCUAAAUUGCAAUAAUAAUAACAAUCUUAAUAUGAAGAAAACUAAAAGUUGAAAGAUAAGAUAUCAUAAUUGGAAUUAGAAAUAGUGUAAUUAAGAUCUAGGAAUGAUGGAUUGUAAAAGUUUGUUACUGCAGUUGACACACGAGAAUAAGAAAUUGGAACUCUCAAAUACCAUUUAGGAAUGUGUGAAAAUAAUAUGAAAAUUGUCUAAUAAAAUUAUGAUGCCUCUCUUAAAAAAUUAGAAAUCUAAAGAAAAGAUAUUGAACAAUUAGUAAGCGAUAACAAUUUGUUGAAAGGAUAGUUGGAACAUUUAACCCUAUAGAAUAGAUAAUUAAAUGAAUGUAAUCUUAUAUUCCCUAAAAAUAGUACAAUGGAAAAAUAAAGAACAAGAUCACCAGACAAAAUAAAUGGCUGAGGAGAUUAAAAGAUUAAACAGUCUUAUCUUAGUCAAAAAUAAUGAGUGUAACCAAUAUAAAAAUGAUGCCUCCAGGUUUCAUUCUCAACUUAUGAGUUUGCAGAAUACUGAAAAUUUGAAUAAAAGAAUGAAUGACUAAAUUCAACAAAUGGACCAAGACAUAUAGUUUUUAAGGAAGAUGAAUUAGGAUUAAUAAAUGCAAAUUAAACAAUUAGAGGAAUUCAGAUAUAAUACUAUCUAUAAUAUAAAAUAACAAGACUUUAGCAGUAAAUAAAAUCCUUAUUGA